AGUGGGAGGUGAACGAUUUCUUGUGCCUUGCAUAUGCACAUUCUCUUACCCACUGCACAAUUCGUCCUUCGCUUGUGACAGCUGUUCAACAACGCCGCAUCGACAUGAUCGCCUAGGCAGUCCUCGCUCUAUCCCGCUGCCAUCCAUCGACCAUCAAUGUCCACUUGUCGUCUGUGAUCCGACCAACAUUCAGCAACCAUGCUUCUCUUUUCCACACUUGCGCUGCUCAGCUUGUUCGCUGUUGCAUUCGCGCAAGACUACUACAAGAUCCUGGGACUCGAUAAAUCCGCCGAUGAACGCGAUCUGAAAAAGGCCUACCGUCGCCUCUCGAAACAGUACCACCCCGAUAAGAACCCCGAAGACGAGACAGCGGCCAAAAAGUUCGUCGAAGUCAGCGAAGCCUACGAAACGCUUGCCGACAAGGAAUUGCGCCAAAUUUACGACAGACAUGGAGCCGAAGGUGUCAAGCAACAUAAAGAGCGCGGACAAGGUGGGCGAGGAGGAGGCAGGAGCCCGUUCGAUAUUUUCAAUCAAUUCUUUGGUGGCGGUGGUCACUUCGGCCAUGGGCGGCGACAAGGUCCCGACAUGGAGGUGCGCAUACAAGUCAGCUUGAAGGACUUCUACACUGGCGCCGAACACGAGUUCAAGAUUGAGAAGCAAGUCAUUUGUCCCAAGUGCGAAGGCACAGGGAGCGAAGAUGGACAUAAGGAUACCUGUCACAAGUGCUCGGGACAUGGGAUGGUGAUCCAGAAACAAAUGCUAGCGCCUGGUAUCUUCCAACAGAUGCAGAUGCAAUGCGACAUGUGUGGCGGCAAAGGCGAGAUCAUCAAGCACAAGUGCAAGACCUGUGGCGGCUCGAAAGUUGUGAGAAGUGAGGAGGCCUACGACCUGACUGUGGAAAAGGGCAUGCCGAGAAAUGGCCGAGUGCAGUAUGAGAACGAAGGCGACGAAAGUCCUGACUGGGAGGCCGGAAGUCUGAUCGUGCAGGUUGGAGAGAGUGAUCCAAGGCUUGCGACGGACGAGAAGGACCGCACAGAUGGAACAUUUUUCAGACGAAAGGGCGAGAAUCUGUUCUGGAGGGAGAUCCUGUCAUUGCGAGAGGCGUGGAUGGGAGACUGGACGCGCAACCUCACACAUCUGGACGGGCACGUGGUGCAACUAUCUCGAAAACGAGGCGAAGUCGUUCAGCCGGGGCACGUCGAGAUCGUCCAAGGCGAAGGCAUGCCCAUCUGGCAAGACGAGAAUGGAGGAUACGGCGCAUUGCACGUGGAAUAUGUUGUCGUACUACCUGAUCAGAUGGAGAGCGGCAUGGAAAAGGACUUUUGGAGCACAUGGGAGAAGUGGAGGAAGAAGAUUGGUGUGGAUUUGCACAAGGACUCUGGGAGACCUGCGGUGCCACACGAUGAAUUGUGAUAUGAAUUGUAGUUGCAGUAUUUUUAGCGACACGUUGUAGAGCAUAGAGUGCCUCUGGAAUAUGAUUCUGAUUGAAUAUUGCCAUCUCCCAACGGCGCGC